AUGAGCGCACAAAGCCGGGACGCCUCCCGCGGCCGCGGCGCUGGCGGCAGCAGAGGGCGCGAGGCACAGCGCGCGCCGGGUGCCCGGGGCGUCGCUCCGCAGAUCCUGGACCCAGCCUCCAACUUGGGCCCGGCCUCGCCCUCCACGUCCCGGUGGAGUGUCCAUUCUGAGUGGCUGACCGUCUCCCAGCUGUUUUCCAGCAACCUGUCGAACGCGUCCACACCCGACGCGGCAUACUCCUGGAGCUUCAGCGCGCCCGCCCAAGCCGGCCCCAGUCCUAGCCCGAGGACUCACACGGACUCGAAGAUUGGCCACUGGGACUCUGGCGCCCACGGCCUGAGCGACCGGAUCCCCAUGUCUGCCACCCACAAGAGCACCCCCGAGGGGGCUGCCCCAGCCUCCAGCCCGGACACCGGCAACCCCCUGGUAUCAGUACGAAGAUCUGUCCCGCCCUCAAGCUCCCCCCGAUUGUUAGUACUUGAGUCCGCCCCACCCUCAGUGCCCAGCUCCCCCCAGGUAUCAGAACCCCCUACACCCCCAGGACCUCCUACACCCAAUAACUCCCCCCGAGGGUCGAUAGAAGGGUCCAUCAUGGAAUCGGUAUCAAUACCUCCCACACCCAAUAACACUCCCCAAGUGUCAGUACAUGAGUUCGUCCUGUCCUCGGUGUCCAGCUCCUCCCGGAGUGCGGUACAAGGACCUCCUCCGCCCAGUAACACCCCUCGAAUGUCAUUACAAGAGUCCAUCGAGUUCCCAAGCGUCGAUACAAGGGUCCGCCCCGCCCUCAGACCUCGGCUCCUCCUGGAGUUCGCUAGCAGGAUCUUACCCAUUCUCGGGCUCCUCCCUAGCGUCGGUACUAGAGUCCGACCCGUCCUCAGCGCUCAGCGCCCCCUGGAGUUCGCUACAAAGAACUGCUACACCUAG